CGCAUUUCCGACAUUGAUUAAGUCUAUGAUCCGAUCCAACGCCAUGACGAGUCUUAAACCAGGCGCAACUAUGUUUCUGAACUGAAUCCCUGAAUCAUUUCAGCCACCUUGCUAUUACGUGGGUGUAGCCGACCUCACCUCAUCUAAGCCAUCAGUUACCCAAGGCGCAACUUGAACCCUCCCCUUGAGAAAUCAGCAAACAGUCCAGGCACCAGAUACACGACCUCACUCCCGUCAGCGUCAAGACCCUCCGACCAGAGUCAUUUCGACCUGGCUCCGUCUCCAUGGCAGACAAACCCUGCGCCCACUUCUCAAAACAUGGCUGCACGACACUGGUGGCAAAGGAUGGAGAGCUCUGCGAUACGUGCCAAAAGAGCAGCUGUUGAUGCAUUGGCGGUCUGCCGGACAUGGCCGACCGCCGUUGCCCCACGGUCCAGUCCCGAAUCUGAACCCGCAAGGACGGCACCGAUAAUGGAAACCACAUAACCAUACGCGGAUUCACCCGUUCAAGUGAAUUAUCCCAAGUGCAACUACACGAUGCCUACAUGUAAGCAGGUAGCUCAUACUUGAGCUCGCUGGUGAGGACGACAUUGGGCCGCAUGCAUUUUUCAGGUUAUCAUGUUUAUAUGUAAUAGGGGGCUGUAAUGGACGUUGAGGGGCCGAGCCUGUCUUUUCAAGUUGUUGAUUUUGGGUCACGGUGUGAUUAGACAGAUCACAGUGAUGUUAGGAGCCUACAGUCUCAUGUGCUCUAAGUUGUUGGGGUCGGUGGGCAGAGUUGCAAACGUUAAGUCAGUUGGCCAUCAUUUCUUAAUUCUCUUCUGCCCACUCAACCUUACCCUUUAUGCUUUGUAGAUCGACCGUCAAUAACAUUCUUCGGCUCAAAAGACGCUGUCUAAAGCAAAUCAUUGGACGGAAAAUUGGUGAUGCGGUG